GAAAAAAAUGGCUAUCUUUCUCUAUUUCUCAUUUGUUUUCUUGCUUCUCACGUUUCUCUCGUUAAUCACUAUCGUGAGAAAAGCUAAAGAAACUAAAACAUUGAUGAAUCCUCCUCCGAGUCCUCCAACUCUUCCCAUAUUCGGAAACUUGCACCAACUCGCAGGACUACCUCACCGUUGCUUUCACCACCUCUCCAUCAAAUACGGACCCGUGGUACUUCUCCAUCUCGGCCUUGUUCCAGCGGUUAUCAUCUCCUCUAGUGAAGCAGCUGAAGAAGUUCUAAGAACCAAUGACCUUGCCUGCUGCAGCAGACCAAAGACUCUCGCCACGGGGAAACUCUCUUACGGUUUCAAAGACAUCAGCUUCGCGCAGUACGGAGAGUACUGGCGAGAGAUGCGGAAGCUCGCGGUCAUCGAGCUUUUCAGCCUUAAGAAGGUUCAUUCAUUCAAGAACAUACGAGAGGAAGAAGUUAGAUUCAUGGUGAAAAAGGUUUCAGAAUCAGCUCUUAAACACUCUCCUGUUGACCUAAGCAAAACCUUUUUCUCCUUAACCGCAAGCAUCAUUUGUAGAGUAGCUUUAGGACAGAACUUCAACGAGAGUGGGUUUGUGAUUGAACAAGAUAAGAUCGAAGAGCUUGUACGUGAGGGUGAGGCAUUGGUGGCUCUUGGUACUUUCACUUGCUCUGAUUUUUUCCCUGGUGGGCUUGGGAGGUUUUUAGAUUGGUUGCUUGGUGGACAAGAGAGGAUAAACAAAGUGUUUGAAGAUCUUGAUGCCUUUUAUCAGCAUGUGAUUGAUGACCAUUUGAAGCCUAAAGCAGAUGGAAAGAAAGGUGUGGAUUCUCAGGCCGAUAUUGUUGCACUCUUGUUGGAUGUAAUGGAGAAACAAGGGAAGAAAGAUUAUUUCCAGCUCAAUAUCAGUAAUAUCAAAGGAGUCCUCAUGGACAUAUUUCUUGCAGGGGUAGAUACAGGAGCUAUAACCAUGAUAUGGGCCAUGACAGAACUCGUUAGAAACCCUAAAGUGAUGAGAAAGGCACAAGAAGAGAUCAGAACCACCCUAGGACCCAACAAGGAGAAGAUCACUGAAGAAGACGUUGAUAAAGUUGAUUUUUUGAAGCUCAUAAUCAAGGAAACGUUUAGGUUACACCCAGCAGCUCCAUUAUUACUCCCUAGAGAGACAAUGUCUCACGUCAAAAUCAACGGCUACGAUAUACCUCCCAAAACACAAAUCCAUCUCAACGUAUGGGCGAUAGGACGUGACCCCAAGCGUUGGACCGACCCUGACAAGUUCAACCCUGAACGGUUUGCUGACAGUUCUGUAGAUUUCAGAGGACAACACUAUGAUCUGUUGCCGUUUGGUGCUGGUAGGAGGAGUUGUCCUGGAAUGCCAAUGGCUGUUGCUUCAGUGGAGUUAGGAUUGUUGAGUUUGCUUUACUUCUUUGAUUGGGAGUUGCCUCAAGGGAUGGUUAGUGAAACAGACAUUGAUAUGGAAGAAGAUGGUAAUCUUACAAUUGUCAAGAAACAGCCUCUUCUACUUGUUCCUGUUCGACACCAUUGAUGAACAUUGAGCUGUCGGAAAAGCUUUAUACUCUUGCGUUGUAUAAGAAAUAAAGUGUAUGAACAACGUAAUAAGAACAAUAUGUAUAAAUAAUUAUUGUUUGUUGUAAUUGGUCAUAAAAUAUCAUUAAUAA